AUGGUGUCCGGCCGUAUCCUCGUCUCCGCAGGCGUCCUGCUCUCCGCCCUCGCAGUCUGCGCCGCCACCGUCGAUGUGACGGCGUGCGUUCCAGGGCUGGCCAUCCCAGUCCCGCCCGUGCCGAGCUGCCGUGUCUACGCGGUCAGCCGGACCUGCGGACUCGGCGGACCCUACGGUCCCGUCGUUGACCCCUCGCCGGUGCUGAAGGAGAGGUGCUGCCAGGAGCUCGCCGCCGUCCCGCCACGGUGCCGGUGCGCGGUGCUGGGGUUCAUGAUGGACAGCGAGUACGGCGGCCUGCAGGAUUUCCGGGGCUGCACCCGGGAGAUGCAGAGGACCUUCGCUCGCCGGCUGACGAGGGCGGCCGAGUGCAACCUGCCGACGAUCGACGGCGGCAUGUGCCGCGAACUCGCUAGCCCUAGGCAGGGCAUAGAAUUAGUUUCGACAAACUUAUGA